AUUCUAUUUGAUAGGGGUCCUUCGUUUAGCGCCAGAUUUCAGUUCUUUCUCAGUAGUAUUUUGAAGAAACGAGGAUAGCUAGCUGGAGAAGUCCCUGAAACCAUCAAAUCUGCUUUUUAAUCGGGAAAGGCUUGAUCUUAAAAUUCCAGGAAAUGGAUGGUGAUGAUGACCUGGACCUUCUAACAGAGCUGCUGGCUGAGAACGAGGCUGGAGAGGAGGAGGAGCAGCAGGCUAGCCAGGAAGCGGAGGACAACCUAGAUGACCUGUUUGACAACGAUGAUGAUGAUGAAGAGUACAGGGAGGGACUGGAGGGGGAGGGUGGGGAGAGGGAGGAAGAGGAUGGAGCCGUUGCCCUCUUUGGAGAUGUGGAUGGCAUUGAAGAGGAGGAAGAAGUUGAAACACAGCCGUCUGUAGGGGAGGCUCCGGACAACCUCAAUAAAUCCCAAGAAGAUUUACGAGAGGAGCUGAGGUGUAUGCAGGAGCAGAUGCAGAGGCUGCAGCAGCAGCUAGAGGCCUCCCAGAAGAGCUCUACAGCCACCUCUAUCCCAAACAGCAUCCAAGGAACAAAGGCACCUUCUAAAGCUAACACUCCCUCACAGGGUCCCCCCAAACAAAGCUCCUCCAAGCCAGUUCGUCCCACACAGAAGACCAAGCCCCAAGCAGUAGGAAAGCCCUCGUCUGCCCCAGACCAAGGAGACGGCACCAAGCUACAGGAGUCCUCCGACUUCACCGCUCAGCUCAACAACGCUGACCUGUUCAAACGCAAAGGUCAAAGGACAGCUCACCAGGUCCAGCCCAGCGCUACAGCAGCCGCUACAGACACCAGAGGUCCACUGGUGGAGAUUAAGACUCACAGCUCCUUCCAGCCAAUAGCAAGCAGUAGUAGGACCAACAGUACUCUACGUUCAUCGCUACCUUCCCAGUCCAAUGCUGCUGCGGCCCUGUCCGCCGUACGACAGGCCAACCCCCUUCCAUCUCUCCCUAAAGACGUCGCCAUCGAGAAGUACUCUGGACUGCGGCUGAGGCGACCACGCGUGUCCUCCACGGAGAUGGACCGUAAGAUGGCCGACCGCAAGCUGAUCCGGCUCUCCCAGUUGCCUGAGCGCCUGGCCCGGGAGAAGCUGGAGGAGUGCGACUGGGUCACCUUCGCUGUGCUGGUCAACAAAGCCACACCACAGAGCAACAGCAGUGGUAAGACGUUCAGCAUCUGGAAGCUGUCUGACCUCCAUGACCUGGAAGUGUACGUGUCUCUCUUCCUGUUUGGGGAGGUGCAUAAGGAGCACUGGAAGACUGAGCCAGGCACCGUCAUGGGCAUCCUCAACCCCAACCCCAUGAAGGCCAAAGACGGAUAUGACGGGGUGUCUCUGUCGGUGGACCACCAUCAGAAGGUGUUGUUGAUGGGGGAGGCUCAGGACUAUGGCACCUGUAAGGCAGCCAAGAAGAACGGAGACCCCUGCUCUCAGAUUGUCAACCUGUAUGAGUGCCAGUACUGCCAGUACCACGUCAAGGCCCAGUAUAAGAAGAUGAGUGCCCAGCGGGCCGAGCUGCAGUCGUCUUUCUCGGGGAAGGCCAUGGGGAAGGUCAAGGGGAAGGGCAACAGCCUGAAGGAACGACUGUGUCAGACCGGCUUCCACUACGGAGGCUUGUCCUCACCAGCCUGCGCUGCCGCACUGUCUGCGUCUGGCCCUAAGCAGCCCACCCAGACCACGCUAGGAAACCUGUUUGUGAAGGGAUCAGACCAGCUGGCCAGCCAGGCCAAGAGACUGGCCAUGAAGUCUAACGAGGUGUCUGGCUGCUCAGACGACUUCAAGGACCUGUUAUCCAUGCCUACCCCGGGAGCCCUCCAACUGAAGAGACACCUCACCAAACCCCCAGGUUCCAAGAGCUCAGCUGGUGCAGGGGUCCAGUCCAUCUCUGCCUCUGACCUCCUGAAGCAGCAGAAACAGCAGCAGAAGCAGCUCUUAGAGAACCGCAGACGCCGGGCAGAGGAGAUCCAGCAGACGGUCCUCCAGAACUCAGGCAGGGCGGGGGUCCCCGGGGCCUCUCCCCCAUCUAGAGGGACCCUCCUGUCCCCUAAGUCUGCCUCAGAGGUCCCCAAAGCCACCCAGAGCCCCACCGCCCCCCACACCCCAACACUGGGCAGGGGGUUUAACGAGGGAGAUGAUAUCUUGUUUUUUGAUCACACCCCUCCUCCGCCCCCGACGCCACACAGCCUAUCAGCAGCCAAGUUGGCUGCUCUGAAGAAGCUGAGAGUGAAGGGGGCUGGGCUGGCCAAAGAAGACCCCAACGCUGUGAAGAGGAAGAGGAGCAGCAGCACUGACAUCACCACCAGGGUGCAGAAGAACCUGUCCUCGCCCGAUGGUGAACAGCCUGGGGCCAAGGAGGAGGAGCCAGCCCAGAAGAAGAGGCGGGAAAAAAUGGACUACGUCCAAUCAGAGGAGUUCAAGAAGAUUCUCAACGCCAAGUCCCGGCACGGGGCCGAGCUACAGGCGGCAGAGUACCAGCAGCAGGAGAGUUACUUUGACCCCCUGGUGAAGAAGGAGGCGAUGGAGGACAAGAUGAGGAGCAUCAGAGAGCAGAAGUGUCGAGCCGUCAGCUGUAAAAAGUGUAAGUACACAUACUUCAAGCCUGCUGAUCGCUGUGUGGAGGAGAAGCAUGAGCUGCAGUGGCACGACGCCACCAAACGCUUCUUCAAGUGCCCCUGUGGGCAGAGAGCCAUCGCACUGGACCGCCUGCCACACAAACACUGCAGUAACUGUGGCCUGUUCAAAUGGGAAAGAGACGGCAUGUUGAAGGAGAAGUCGGGGCCUAAGAUCGCUGGGGAGCUGCUGCAGCCUCGAGGUGACGAGCAGCCCAAGUUCCUCAACAGCAUGCAGUAGCCCUGGGUCACUGACCAUCACCUUCGUCAUUGUCUUCAUCAUAUGAAGCGACUGCUGCUGGUGCUGUGGGAGUUUCUCGUGUUAUAUUUAUCUGCACUUCGCUUUUUAAAUUGUCCUUUUAAUGUUUUUUUUUAAUGUCGAUGUCAUUUUAAGUUGAUUAAUGGAUUUUAAAUGGCUGUGUUUUGAAUGGAUUCAAUUGAAUUUCCGGAUGAGUUGUUUGUUGAUCCCUCCUGCUGGGUUUGAUGUGAAUGUGCUGAUUAAAUCGUGCUGAGUGAUUUACCAACAA